AUUUCUUCAUUCUACAAGUCAACGCAGGUUGUGAUAAGUAUGAAGUGUUUGAUUGUGCUCGCGGCCAUUUUGGGCUUGACUUGCAGUCAAUUCCUCGGGGCUCUUCGCCCGGGUGGUAGUUUUGGAGGUUUUCAACCUCCACACAAAGCCGUUUUUGUCUACAAGCCUGACAACUCCGGUGCAUACCGUGGAGCUAAUGACGGUAGAUAUACUCCUGAUAAUUCCGGUGCUUACAAUAACAAUGACGGUAAGUACCAUCCCGAUAAUGCUGGUGCCUACGUACACAAUGACGACAAGUACAAACACCAAGACGAUAAGUACAAACAUCAAGCUGAUAAAUUUGGAAAUGGUGGUAAUAACAAUGGCGGAAAUGGCGGAUUUGGAAAUGGCGGUAAUGGCGGACAGUACAAUGGCGGUUCUGGUACUGGUUUUGGUACUGGUUCCAAUGUCAAUGCCGGUUCGGGAGCAAACGGAGGUUCUACUAUUUUGAGUGCUGGUGAUGUUUAUGGUAAGCCGCAAAACCCAGGCAAGCAGCCACAUCCUAACAAACCAGGAAAGUUACCGGGCAAACCAAACAUCCCUGGAAAAGUACCUGGACAGUCUGGACACUUUUCUAACAAUGGUAAUCAAUUUGCUUCUGGGAAUGGUUUUGGUGACAAAUACGAAAAUAACCAAUAUAGAAUCUUGAAAAAGGUUGAAAAAGUCGAGCAAGAUGGAUACCACUACUUGUAUGAAACUGAAAAUGGUAUUGAAGCUGAAGAGCAAGGCAAACUCGCUAAUGUUGGUACAGAUGAUGAAGGUAUGCGCGCCCACGGAUUCUACACUUACACUGGCCCAGAUAAUGUUGUUUAUACUGUGAGGUACACUGCUGAUGAAAAUGGUUUUGUACCGGAAGGUGCACAUAUCCCAACACCACCACCAAUCCCAGCCGCCAUCUUGAGAGCGUUGGAAUAUCAAAGAGCUGCUGGAACAUUGUAAACUGAAACUAAAAUUGUAAAGCAUAUUUGUGACUACUUGUGACUAUAAUUAAUAAAGAUACUACUAGAUAUAA